AGGACUGCCAAGUGAGAAAAGCCAUGGCCCGAUUGAAACCUGGGAGUUGCCUCACGCCUUUCAAGGCGGCUCACCAUGGGGAUUCGGCUCUGUAUCGCAACUCGCGGCCCAACGGCUUUGUCCUUGACCUCGAGCCUGAGGCCGGGAGCAGACAACUGGUCUACUUCGACCCGCUCCAAGCCGAAAAUCUGGAGCAAUGGGUCCAGGCCAUCGAGGGCACCGUGAAACGCCUCAAGGAAGCCAUGUGGCGAGACUUGAAGACCGCUGCGCAGCGCCUGGUACACCAAGUGAUACUCAGAUGUUGUAAGAGUCCCGAACGGGUGAACCAUCGCCGCGUCGCGCGGCAUCUCUUGAGAGAAAUUUUCAGCAAGAUUUCGGAGGACUUUGCGGAGAAAGAGAAGGAAGUCUCCGCCCUAGGUGGGAGCAAGAAGCUGGCUGCCGGUGCGGUAAGGUGGAAUAGCUCCCUUUUGAGGCACAUGCCGCAGGAGAUGCGUUCCGACCGAGACAUUGUCUUGGCGGCGGUCGAGGCAGACCCCAUGGCGCUUGCCUUUGCAGAUGACUCCCUCAAGGCUGACCGCGAUGUGGUUUUCUCAGCCGUCUCAAAGGAUGGGAUGGCCUUGGAACACAGCAGCGAAGAACUGAAGGCGGACCGCGACCUGGUCCUUGCAGCCACCUUGCGCAGUCCAGGCGCGAUCAAAUUCGCACCCAAACAGCUCAAGGAAGAUGAUACCAUGAAGGUCUUCUGAGCGAGUCGGCUAAGCCGGAGCGGGCUGCGGGGCUUGAAAAACCUGAAGGAAAA